UUUUUUUUGUUGACAACAACAAAUUUUCAUAUAAAAAAAUUGUUGUGUAUUUUCGCUUCAUUCAUUGCAAAUAUUUGUUAUUUAUUUAUCGAAAUUAUUUUUAUUUAUUACAAAUGCAUUCAAUAUAAAAACAACACAAAUGAAUCCAGAUAAGAAAAAAUCCAGUUCCGGUGAAUCAACACCAAAAAGUUCACACAGCAAAUCAAUGAAAUCCUCAAAAUCUUCAUCGAAAUCACGAACGAAAUCAUCCAAAUCGGAAAGUAGUAGUAGCAAAUCGAAUACAAAUGGCCAAACUCCAACAAGUUCAACAUCUCAUACUCCUGAUCCACCAAGUACACCAACAUCAACUAUUGAUUCAUCUAAAGAUAAAAGUCAUCAUAAAGGCUAUGCUGCCUUUGGCUCAAGAACAAUCAAAAUCAUUUGGGAACAACACAAUACCAGUGAUACGGAUAUGAAUGUCGAUUUGCUGCCAAAUGUCGCCGAACAUGAAACCCUGAAUCCUGAUUUAUUGCCAAUUCUGGCCGAAGAUGUAUCUUAUAAGAUGUGGGAGUUAAUUAAGAAUAUUAGAACAUAUUCCAUGCAUUCGGGUGGGACUGUUACAAGUGAUCUUGUAAACGAAGUGCUCAAGGAUUCCGAUUGCCCUCCAGUUCUUGGGCCAAUGGACACUGAAUGGGAUCGAAUUGAUUAUGAUGGUAGUUUCUUCUUCAAUUCGGACAAAGUAAUAGAAUUGCGUAAUGAGUAUCAAAAAGAUGUACAAAUCACAAUGCCGAUGGGUCCUCCGUUCAUGAGCACCUGGCCUAUCCAAGGUGGCCACAGAGAAUUGAUGCACUCUUUUAUGCAGAGUAUAUUUCUUAUCACACUUGGCGGUAGUGAGCAGGAUUUUGAUUCUGUUCGCCAGUAUAUCUAUGCGGCUCCUUUUAUUGGAGGCUGUUAUCGAGUGCUACUCGUUAAAAUGAUUCAAACACUUGCUUUUAAGCAAACGAACCACGUCAAACUGCGUUGUUGGCGUUUGAUGCAAACUCUAGCUCAACAUCCCACCUGCCGAGAUGUCUAUUGCAGAGAAGAUUUCUUCCAUUUGGCUGAGAUUUUCAUAUGCCAACUUUUAGACACGUAUGAUGUCUCGAAGUCGAUUAUGAAGACAGAGAUGAAGUAUUCUCCAAUGGAAACAGAUGAACCAACAUCACAGCUCAUAAAGAUAGAAGAUAUCAAAGAAGAGGAAUUAGUUGAUUUAGAUGAGGAGCGACCGAAUAUUACACCUCCAUCAGAUGUGAAAGAAGAAUUUGUCCCAGUUGAAGAGGAACUUCCUCAAUCAGAUCGGAUUUAUCGACUGGAAAAAGAUGACGAUAAUGAAUCUACAGCUGAUCAAAUGGAAGGCAUUGAAUUCUCUCCAUAUAUUGCGGAUAAAGUUGAUUUAGAAUUGGUUGAUGAUCUGUGUGAAACAAUUGGAUUAAUUGGAGCGAUAAAUGAAUUUUUCAAUACAGAAUGCAUGCAUCUAAUAUUGAGAAGAUUGGAGAGCUUUUUUGAUAAAAAGAAGAUAUUUUCAUCAAGUGAUUACGAGUUCAUAAGUCGAGCGAUUCGAGGUUUAUUUGCAUUGGGUGAAUAUGCUUUUCGGGAAUUUAUACCUUACAUGAAGAUGAUGAAUAUAUUAAAAAAUGACGAUAUUCCACAUUCAUUGCGAUGUGAAUUUGCGCGCUGUGCAAUAUUUCUACGCGGACAUGAUGAUAUUUUUCUUUACGAAUGGUUAAAUGAAUUAUGCUCCUACAGACUUUUACCUUUUAUGACUCAUUACGCACAAUAUCAUCAAAAACUCAUUCGAUAUCGUCAUCUAAAACGUCGUGCUGCAACUUUUAAAAUCAUACCCAAAGUAUCAGCAAAACGUAUUAUAAUUGCUUCAUCCUGUUCACCUGCCCCAAAUAAAAUAAACUCUCUGGAAAAAUUCUUCCCAAAUCUUGAGAUUCCAGCCAAAUCGAAUUCACCAAUUCGAUUUAAGUUCAGUUCUGGGGGUCGACAAAUUCCUCUAAAAGUCAAACCAGCCACUAAUGGCACCGAAACAAAUGGCAUCAAAAGUUUCGACUUGACGAGAGACAUCAUUAUUGCUAAAAGAAAACUCUUCAAACCUCUAACGGAUGAAAAAAAAUUUGUCCAUUUAAGUAAUUAUCAUCUUUUAAGAAUCUAAUAUAGGAAUAUUCGUUGGUUUGAAAGAAAAAAGAGUGUUUUUGUAUUAAA